UGUGGACAGACGGCGAGGGCUGGUUGAAAGUGUUUGCUCUGCUCCUUUGCUCAGCGGAGUGAAAGAAGUUGGCAAGAUGUUGGUGUUGGUGUUAGGAGAUCUACAUAUCCCGCAUCGAUGCAGCAGCCUCCCAGCCAAGUUCCGAAAGCUCUUGGUUCCAGGGAAGAUUCAGCACAUUCUCUGCACUGGGAAUCUCUGCACCAAGGAGACUUACGAAUACUUGCGGACUCUGGCCGGGGAUGUUCACAUCGUCCGAGGCGACUUUGAUGAGGGGCUGAAUUACCCGCAGCAGAAAAUUGUCACCGUUGGACAGUUUAGAAUUGGCUUGAUCCACGGCCAUCAGGUCAUUCCUUGGGGCGAUCUAGCCAGCUUGGCCAUUCUGAGGCGGCAACUGGACGUGGACAUCCUCAUUUCAGGGCACACUCACCAAUUUGAAGCAUUGGAGCAUGAGAAGAAGUUCUAUAUCAACCCUGGGUCGGCCACAGGCGCCUACACUGCCUUGGAAAGAAACGUCACUCCGUCGUUUGUUCUGAUGGAUAUCCAAUCCUCCACCGUUGUAACGUAUGUGUACCAGCUCAUUGGAGAUGAUGUGAAGGUGGAAAGGAUAGAAUUUAAGAAGUUCCCAAAUGCUUAA